AAAGAAAAAGGUUUGAAGUCCCCAGAAACCCUGCACCUCUGAGAAAACAAGUUUAAAACCCUAGAACUUUCAACUGCUUACCACUCUCUACUCGUCCAGUCCUCGUCCUCCGCAUCGGGCUAUCAAUGGCGACUAUGCUGCAACCUCAGAUCAUACUGCUAAAGGAAGGCACUGAUACAUCCCAAGGAAAGCCACAGUUGUUGAGCAAUAUAAAUGCUUGUACAGCUGUGGCUGAUGUGGUGCGCAGCACCCUUGGACCUAGGGGUAUGGACAAGUUGAUCCAUGAUGAGAAGGGUAACACCACUAUUUCCAAUGAUGGUGCCACAAUAAUGAAGCUUCUCGACAUUAUUCACCCUGCGGCUAAGAUUCUUGUUGACAUUGCCAAGUCCCAGGACUCUGAGGUUGGUGAUGGGACCACAACUGUUGUUUUGCUAGCAGCAGAGUUCUUGAAGGAGGCAAAACCUUUUAUUGAAGAUGGAGUGCAUCCUCAAAAUCUGAUUAGAAGUUAUCGUACAGCUGGCCAUUUGGCAAUUGAAAAGGUGAAAGAAUUGGCUGUUAGCAUUGAAGGAAAGAGCUUAGAAGAGAAGAAAAGCUUACUAGCUAAGUGUGCUGCUACAUCACUCUCCUCUAAACUCAUUGGUGGUGAGAAGGAUUUCUUUGCAUCUAUGGUUGUAGAUGCUGUCCUUGCUAUUGGAAAUGACGAUAGGCUAAACAUGAUUGGUAUCAAAAAGGUUCCUGGUGGUAACAUGAGGGAUUCUUUUCUUGUAAAUGGCGUUGCCUUUAAGAAAACAUUCUCAUAUGCUGGUUUUGAACAGCAACCAAAGAAAUUUGUAAAUCCCAAGAUACUUUUGCUGAAUAUAGAAUUGGAACUGAAAUCAGAGAAAGAGAAUGCUGAAAUAAGGCUCUCAGAUCCAUCGCAGUAUCAGUCAAUCGUUGAUGCAGAAUGGAAUAUCAUUUAUGACAAGUUAGAUAAAUGUGUGAAAAGUGGGGCUAAAAUCAUUUUAUCUCGGCUGGCUAUUGGUGACCUAGCAACGCAGUAUUUUGCAGAUCGGGAUGUAUUCUGUGCUGGUCGUGUUACUGAGGAGGAUCUGCAUCGGGUGGCUGCUGCAACUGGCGGAACUAUACAGACCACAGUGAAUAAUGUUAUUGAUGAGGUUCUUGGCUCUUGUGAGAUAUUUGAGGAGAAGCAAGUUGGAAAUGAGCGGUUUAAUAUUUUUAGCGGAUGCCCAUCAGGCCAGACAGCCACUAUUGUUCUUCGCGGUGGAGCAGAUCAGUUUAUUGAGGAAGCUGAACGAAGUCUGCAUGAUGCAAUUAUGAUUGUGCGAAGGGCUGUGAAGAACUCUACUGUUGUUGCUGGUGGUGGUGCUAUAGAUAUGGAGAUAAGCAGAUACUUGAGGCAGCAUGCGCGUACAAUAGCUGGGAAGUCUCAGCUCUUUAUUAAUUCUUAUGCUAAAGCCCUUGAGAUAAUCCCCCGGCAGUUGUGUGACAAUGCUGGUUUUGAUGCAACUGAUGUCUUGAACAAAUUAAGACAAAAACACGCACUGCCAUCUGGUGAGGGUGCACUUUAUGGGGUGGAUAUUAAUACUGGUGGAAUCGCUGAUUCAUUUGCCAACUUUGUAUGGGAGCCAGCAGUGGUGAAGAUAAAUGCCAUAAAUGCAGCUACUGAAGCAGCUUGCCUGAUCUUAAGUGUAGAUGAAACAGUUAAAAAUCCCAAGUCCGAGAGCGCACAAGGAGAUGCUGCUGCAAGUGCUAUGGGUAGAGGGCGCGGAGGUGCAGCAUUCCGAGGUCGUGGAAGGGGGAUGAGGAGGCGAUGAGCUUCCAACCAUCUUGGCAAAACGCGGUUUUUGGCUAGUUCGUCAAAGCUUUUGUCAUAACCCAAGUUCUAAAUUUUGCUUCGUCGAUAGAUUUUUCUUUCUUGCCUGUCAAGAUAUGCCAUGUGUUCCAAGUUGUAUUUUUCCCCUCAUUUUACUGGUCCGGAGAGUUGUGUGAUUCUGAUCUCUAUACCUUUGAUUUAUUCAUUGGGCAGUGGUAAACUUGACAUCUUAAGGGGAUUGAUUUGAUGUGUCAAAUUCGCUAGUGUUGCUGGUUGUAUGUACACUGCCAAUGCUUGCUAUUUUAAAUGCUAUAGUAAAAGAGAAAAUGGUAGCUUUUCUUUGUUUU